AUGCCAACGCCCAAGCUUUUUGCGCAAUGCCCACCUUUCCCUCCAGAUCUGCCCGUGGUUCCCCUAACGAAAGUUUCUCUCUCAGCACUGGAGCGCAAUUGUCCAGCAGAGGCACAGAAGCUGCUUUCAGCAUGUCAAGAGUGGGGUUUCUUUCUGCUGGACAUGAGAGGUUCGGACCAAGGAACUGCAAUGAUGCAGGACGCGGAAGAAAUGUUUGAUCUCACGGCCGACCUGUCGGAGAUGGACUACGAAGCUCUGAACAGAUACCACCACAAGCCACCCGAUUUUACGCGGUAUAAAUCCCUUGGCACCACGAAGACAGAGCCCGGAAAAUUCGACCACAUCCACGUCUACUCUCUUGCCCAGGAUGAUGUGCUAGGGAAUGAUUCCUUGGAGAGCCAGCUCCCUCACCCAGAAACCAUCACUCGCAAGAAGGUCCAGACCAGGGACUUUAUAUCUCGCAGCCACGCCGUGUUGCAUCAUGUUCUCACGAGCCUGGAUACCGCCCUCGGCAUCGCCCCCGGAACCCUGUCAGCGAUGUGUCCGUCGACUGAGCCCUCUGGCACCCUCGUCCGUCUCAUCUGGACCCCUCCCAGCACCGAGCAGCCCAAUUACGGUCAAAUCUCCUUUGGCGGUCACACCGAUAUGGGCAUCAUGACGCUACUCUUCAAUGUCGCGGGGGGGCUCCAAGUCCUCCCCCCGGGCGCGGCCAAUGUGCACGAGAACUGGCAGUUGAUCCGCCCGGAGCCUGGCUGUGCAGUCGUCAAUGUCGCGGAUACCCUCGAGCAGUGGACUGGGGGGCUCCUGCGCAGCUCCCUUCAUCGCGUCGUGACGGCCCCAGGGGCCCAGGCGAUGGUCCCGCGGAGAAGUGUGGCGUAUUUGCUGCGGCCGAGACAGGAUGCGUCGUUGGCACGCUUUGUGGGGGGGAUUGUGCCACCGUUGAAACCUGGGGAGCAAGAUGAGACAAGGUCGGUCGAUGAAUGGAAUGAGUGGAGGUCGAGGCAGAUUAUGAAGGGGCAGUUGAAGAAUGAGCAUAAGAGUCCAGGGGAGAAUUGA